AUGUAGAAAUAAGAGUAACCUUUAUAGCUUGUCUACAAAAAUAAGGAUGGAAUACUAGAAGUUUCUUAGUAAGCUAAAAAUUAUUUAUGCUCUCUUAAAGAAAAAUCAUUAGGAGUUUUAAGUAUAGUUGGACCAUAUAGAACAGGAAAAAGUUGCUUAAUUAAUAAAUUAUUUAUAAAUGAAGAACAAAAACAAUUCAAAACAAGUCCAACUGUUAAUUAAUGCACUAAGGGUUUAUGGGUUUGCCCUGAAUUAUUUGAGUCAGAAUCUGGUUAAAAAUUUAUAGUUAUUGAUAGUGAGGGAUUUGGAAGCAUUGACCAGAAUGAAAAUAGUGAUAAUAAAAUUAUGUUCUUGAAUUUACUAUUGAGUUCUGUUCUUAUAUUUAAUACAAUGGGUCCGAUUGAGGAAAAAUCGUUAAACCAAUUAUAUAAUGUUCUUAAAUUAGUCAAGUAAUUGUAAUUGUAAGUUUCUAAUGAUAAAAGCGUUAGCUAAAAUUUACCAUUUUUCAUGUGGGUAUUGAGAGAUUUUAGUUUAAUUUUAGAAGAUCAAAAGGGUGAACCAUUAAAUUCAAAACAAUAUUUAGAGAACUCUUUGGAAGAAUAAAAGGGUUUAUCUGAAACUACUAUGCAAAAGAAUAUGGUUCGCAAGCUUUUUAAGCACUUCUUUCCUGAAAGAGAUUGUGUUGCUGUUGUGCGCCCUUUAGAAGAAGAAUCUCAACUAUAAUCCAUAAGUGUUUAAAACCAAACAGAAUUUCGUUAGGAAUUUUUAUAAGAUAUAUUAAAACUUCAAAAAAAAGUUGUUAAAAGAAUGAGAGCUAAAGCAUUUAACAAUAGAUAUAUUACUGGGCCAUAAUUAAUUUUUUUAAUAGAAAAAUAUCUUAGUGCAAUAAAUAAAGGUAUUACACCAAAUUUAUAAAAGAUAUAAGAAUAAUUAAUAGAGUUUAUUACAUCGGAUAUUGAACAAUAAUGCAAAAAUUUGAUCUUUUAAAGUUUGAAACUUAAAGAUAAUUCUGAACUGAUUUCUCAGAGCCUUUAAGAGUAAUUAUUAUGCUCUACAAAAUAAAAAAUAAUAGAAAUAUGCGAAUUAGAAGGCGUUAACAACUAAAAUAUACUAAUUGAAUUUGAAAAAUAUUCUUAACUGUACAAGAAAUAAAAUAAUGAAUUAUAUUAGACUAAAUGUGAAGAAAUUAUGGUAAAAAAAAUAAAUAUCAUUCAAAACAAUCUUACCUAAGAAGAAUGUGAAAUUCUCACAUAUUGGAACUAAAUAAAAGAAGAAAUAACAUCAGAAUAUGGAGAAAUAUGUAGCAUUAUCCUUGAAACAAAAAGUAAAUUUUUGCAGAUUGCUUAUAAGUAAUUUUAUGAAUUUCAGAUUCAGUAGAAGUAAAUGUAACAUGAAACAGAUAUUUAAAAAUAUGUGAAAUGCUAUGAGAAUAUUAUAUAAAAUAAAGAAGAAGAAAAAUUGUAGCUAGAGAGGUAGAUUAAUGAGAAAGAUUGCUUACUCAAGUAGUAAAAAGAUUUUACUAACGAUUUAAAUGAAAAAUUAAAAGAAUCUUAGCAUGAAUAUGAAGAAAGAUAACACUUUUAUGAUCAAUAAAUUAAAUUACUUAGCACUAAAAUAGAUAGUAUGAAAGAAUAUUAAGACUAUGUAAGAAUAGAGAAUGAAUUGAGAGAUGUGAAAGUAGAAUUUGAGUUUAUGGAAUCGAAAAACCAACAAAAAAGAGAAAUGCUAGUCCAAGAAAUAUAAUUUUUAAAAAAUGAGAAAAAUUAACUCCUAGAAGUUAAUAAUAAUUUAAAGACUAUGUAUGCAGAAACCUAAGAAAGGUAUAAAGAAAAAGAUAGCCAGGUAAAUUAGUGCACAAAUACUAUUAUUUAGCUACAAAGUGAAGUGAAAGUUUUAAAUGAUUAGCUUAAAUAAACAGAAGAUAAGUUAAAAGAAACCAAUUAAGCAUAUCAAAUAGAGAUAAGUUCUCUCAAGUUAGGUACUGAAAAAAAAAUGAAAGAAAUUUAACAAAGUGCUGAAGAAUUAAAUGAAGUUGUUAUCAAUAAAAAAUCAGAACAAUGGGAAAGAGAUAAACAACUUUUUGAAAGUUAGCUCUUGUUUUUAAAGCAAUAACUUCAAGAUAGCAAGGCUAUAAAUGAGUAGCUGAUUCAAGCACUAAAUUUAGGAAGAACUUAAAGUGUAUCAUAAGCAGAAAUGCAAUUUUAAAGUUAUUAAGAAUUAAUGGAAAGCAAUAAGUAACUUUUAUUGAUAAUUAAUCAGUAAGAAAGUAAAAUGCAGGUUAUGCAGAGUAAAAUAGAUUCUCUAAAAAUAUUCAAAACUAUUGUGAAAUAAAGUGCAGGAUUUAGCUGUAAGCUUUGUAAUAUUUAUUGUGACAUUGAUAACUACCAAAAUCAUCUAAAUGUCUGUUCUAUAGGAACCAACCCAUUUGGAGACGUUAUUAGAAGCUAAAUAAGAUAAAACUAACUCAAUAAAAGUUUUGAAAAAUCUGGUAUACUUUCAAAUGCUGCAGAAAAUAGUAAUAAGAAGAAAGAUUCAUCUAAGAAAUGGGUAAGUAGAGGAGGAUCUCAAACAAGAAACCAUUCUAGGUCAUUAGAAAACAGGGAUACUAGAUUAAACAAAUCUUUAAUUUUAACAAAUUCGUAUUUAAAAACUUCCUGUAUCAACAAUCAAAAAUGCAAUACUUCUGUAAAUCUUGCGAAUACUUCUCAAUAAUCUAUAGAAGAUUGUAAUGAUAUAUCUGGUAUUCAUGUAAAUUAAGUGCAAGACCAAAAGAUUUAUUAAAAGUAUAGAUAGCAUAGUCCUCUAAACUAGUUAGAAACAUCAUAUGGAAAUUUUUCAACUAAAAAUUCAAUCCAUUAAAGAUUAACUUAAAGCAAUAUAUACUAAACUCCUUUGGCAAGUUAAAAUCAAAUAAAUAAAGGAUUUUAAAUGGAAUUAAUUUCAAAUAUUCCAAAACAAAUAGACUUAAGAAAGGAAGAAAUUAACAAUACAAAAUAAUAUGUUGAUUAUAUCGAAAAUGGUAUUGAAUUUAAUAAUAUUAAUGAUAUUUAAGAAAUAGAAGAAGCUCCAUUUCCAUCUUUGAAAUUAGAGGAUUUUUCUAUUGAUAUCCUAUAAACACUUAUUUCCUAAGACGGCAGCUCAAAACCUUACUCUUUAUACGAAAUAUAAAUUAAAUUAUUUAAUGAAGGAGCUUAAUGGACAGUGUUUAAAAAAUACAAAGACUUCCAUGAGUUACACUAAAGACUUUAAACUUACUUCACUAAAUCAAAUAAGGUACCUAAGCAAGAUAGAAUGAAAUUUGCAGAUGUUUCUUUUGUAAAUGCUCUCAGUUCUUUAAAUUUAGAAAAUUCUAAAAAUGAUAACGAAAAUUCUUUUGUAAGUAGCUAAAAUAACAGCAGUAUUCUCGAAAAGAGGGCUUAAAAUAUUUAACAAUAUCUAUAAAUGAUUUCAUAAGUGUAAUCUAUCAGAAUUUCAGCUAUAUUUUAGAGUUUUUUCAAUUUUUCCAGAGAUUAGGUUUUAGGAAAUAAAUUGCAAAAUUAAUUAAGUCAAGAAUCUUAUCAGGAAUCUAAAUUAUAAAAUUAAAGUAUCAACUAAAAGCAUUCUCAUAGCUUUUCCCUAUCAAUAAACUUUGAUGAAAAGAAUAAUUCCGUAAACCAUGGAAACCUUAGUCAUCAUAUCGAAAUUGAAGAAAGUGAAAGAUCGCUAUCUUUAUCAUAAAGUCCCACUAAGAAAGAGAAAUCAACUAUACUUAAUGAGCCUUAAGAAAAUGGAAACAGGAUUACAUCAUUUUAAUAGCAAAUGAAUGGUAAUAAUUUGCUUAUGGCUAAGUACUAAAGAAAUACAAUGAGCAAUAUUUACUAAAAUAGAGACUAAAAUUAGUAAUAAUUACUAUUAUAAGAAAACUUCUAAACCUAAACAUACAAAAAGACCCCUUAAUUAAAUUCUACUUAGCUAGGUAAAGAAAAUCUUUUGAAUUUAGGAAAAAGAGAUAGAAGUUAGAAUAUGGGUAAUAUUCAAACUCCUCAAUUAUGCACAAAUAAAAUAGCCAUAAAUAGACAAUUCUAAGUUCCAACAACAAGUUAGAAAUUGGGUAAAUAAAAUAGUAAAAGCCCUAAUCUAGUAAAAUAAAAUGGUCCCACUUAUAAUCACUAAAGAAAUUUAUCUAUAGAUUGUAACAACAACGGUUUAGUAUGCAACGAAAUAACAAACCACAAUAACUUAUAAUAAAAUACUAACAAAUCGUUAAAGAAUGAAAUACAAGAAAGAAUAAGAAAGAGUUACAAAGUUUAGACAACAGGAGCAUUACUAAAAAAGUUAUGA